AUGGCCGGCUUCUUUGCGUUCUGGCAUAGCUCAAUUUCUGAUCUCAAGAUUUGGCCUUCCCGGGAUAUCAUUGAGGCUAUCCUUGAUUUCGAAUUUAUUCGGAAACCGACGGCCAAAGUCAUAUUGAACAAUACCGGUACUGAUGACCACGUCGCCGAGACAUAUCUGGCUUUUGCUUUUGGUAUCAUAGGGCGCGCCCCCACAUAUACCGACAAGUAG